CCUGCUCUGUGUAUGAAAGGCCCAGCAGACGGCAGGGGAAGGAGGUGAUGCUGGUUGAAUCUUGUAAAGCUGAACAUGGAAACCAGUAGCUCCGUUCCAGGUUGAGGAUAUGCUAACGUACCUCUUUAUGGACAUUGUUUGUGUCUUCGAAUGUUCCUUUCUGACCUCAUUCAUUACAUUUAUCGGUGUUACACUUUCCUGGAACUUGAAAUGCUUAUUUCACUGGUACAGUUGGAGGAGGAGGAGGUAUAUAAAUGAUAAUUAGGCAGGCUCCUGAGAAAUGCCCCUGCCCUGCAAAAGCACAGGGUGUGAAAAGCAGGUGUGGCCUCCCCUGAUGGAGUCUCAGUUAUUGUUUGGGAGGGAAUGUAACCGGAGGACCCGCUGCUCUUUGGUCCUUGUCCUUGUUACUCAGACCUCUUGGGUGACUUUUCAAGAAUGAGCUUUCUCUGUACCUUUUAUCGAUGAGAUAAAUACUUCCAAAGAGCUAAUGUUCUUUUUAUAACAUUGCUUUUUCUAGACGUAAAGACCUGAAGGUAGUCUUUCUUGUCCAGAGAUGGAAAACAGCACCACCACCAUUUCUCGGGAGGAGCUGGAAGAGCUACAGGAAGCAUUUAAUAAAAUAGAUAUUGACAACAGUGGGUAUGUCAGUGACUAUGAACUUCAGGACCUGUUUAAAGAAGCAAGUCUCCCUCUGCCUGGCUACAAGGUGCGCGAGAUUGUGGAGAAAAUCAUAGCAGUUGCUGACAGCAGCAAAGAUGGCAGAAUCAGCUUUGAAGAGUUUGUGUCACUAAUGCAAGAAUUAAAAAGCAAGGACAUCAGCAAAACGUUCCGGAAAAUAAUUAACAAGAGGGAAGGUAUUACUGCUAUUGGAGGGACGUCAUCGAUUUCCAGUGAGGGCACACAGCAUUCUUAUUCAGAGGAAGAAAAAGUGGCUUUUGUUAACUGGAUAAACAAAGCUCUGGAGAAUGACCCUGACUGUAAGCAUCUCAUACCCAUGGAUCCCAACGAUAACAGUCUUUUCAAAUCACUUGCAGAUGGCAUCCUUCUUUGCAAAAUGAUUAACUUAUCUGAACCAGACACAAUUGAUGAAAGAGCCAUUAAUAAGAAAAAGCUCACCCCUUUCACUAUUUCUGAAAAUUUAAACCUUGCCCUGAAUUCUGCCUCUGCCAUUGGCUGCACGGUGGUCAACAUUGGCGCACAGGACCUGAAAGAAGGAAAACCUCACUUGGUCUUGGGGCUUCUGUGGCAGAUUAUCAAAGUUGGUCUUUUUGCUGAUAUUGAGAUUUCCAGAAAUGAAGGUAGGAUCACCAAGAAUAUUUACUUUUCAUUGACGCAUACUUGUUGUGGAAGAAACUUACAUUUCAGCGUUUUCCCCUCAGCUCUGAUUGCAUUGCUCAAUGAAGGUGAGGAGCUAGAGGAGCUAAUGAAGCUUUCUCCUGAGGAAUUACUGCUGCGAUGGGUGAACUACCAUCUGACCAAUGCAGGAUGGCGUACCAUCAGUAACUUCAGCCAAGACAUUAAGGAUUCAAGAGCCUAUUUUCACCUGCUUAAUCAGAUUGCUCCUAAAGGUUCCAGGGAUGAUGAACCCUCCAUUGACAUUGACAUGUCAGGGUUUAACGAGAGAAAUGACCUGAAGCGUGCUGAAUUCAUGCUUCAACAAGCAGAUAAACUGGGCUGCAGACAGUUUGUUACUCCUGCGGAUGUGGUUUCGGGCAAUCCUAAACUUAACUUAGCUUUUGUAGCUAAUCUGUUUAACACAUACCCAAGCCUCCGCAAGCCUGAUAAUAAUGACAUCGAUAUAAAUUUAUUGGAAGGGGAGAGCAAGGAAGAGAGGACAUUCCGGAACUGGAUGAAUUCCUUGGGAGUCAACCCAUAUAUUAAUCAUUUGUACAGUGACCUUGCAGAUGCGUUGGUGAUCUUUCAGCUCUAUGAAAUGACCCGAGUGCCAGUCGACUGGGGCCAUGUCAACAAACCUCCUUAUCCUGCCCUCGGAGGGAACAUGAAGAAGAUCGAAAACUGUAACUAUGCAGUGGAACUUGGGAAGGAUAAGGCCAAAUUCUCGUUGGUUGGCAUUGCUGGGCAGGACCUAAAUGAAGGGAAUGCAACACUUACACUAGCGUUGGUGUGGCAGCUGAUGAGAAGGUACACAUUGAAUGUGUUAUCAGAUCUUGGAGAGGGUGAAAAAGUAAAUGAUGAAAUUAUUAUUAAAUGGGUCAAUCAGACUCUUAAAAAUGCAAACAAAAAAACGUCUAUUUCCAGCUUCAAGGACAAGUCUAUCAGCACUAGUUUACCUGUCCUAGACUUAAUAGAUGCCAUUGAACCAAAUGCAGUUCGUCAAGAAAUGAUCAAGAGAGAAGACCUUUCUGAUGAGGACAAGCUGAAUAAUGCUAAAUACGCCAUUUCUGUUGCUCGAAAGAUCGGUGCCCGGAUAUAUGCAUUACCUGAUGACCUGGUAGAAGUGAAACCAAAGAUGGUUAUGACGGUGUUUGCGUGCUUAAUGGGCAAAGGACUAAACAGAGUAAAAUAAUGAAACAUUUAAUAUGAUUUUCUGCCACGUUAAACAGUUGAAUGCCUCACAGUUUACAGAAUUCUGAAAUGUAGUGGACAUAAAACCAGAGAUUAUUUGUAUGCUUAAAAAUCGUUAUAUAUUCACUAAUGAAAUUUAGUAUCCUGGUUUUUUUUCAUACUAGCAAGGAUUUGUCAACCUUUUUGGAUAGCACAAUCAGAUUUACUAAUCAAUACUGAUAAUAGAGUAUGUUCAUUAUCAAGCUGAUAUUCUAUUCUAUGAUUAAAUUAUUUCCUUUUUCUGAAAGUCCCAUUAAAACAAGGCUAAUUCAUUCUUUUACAUGGUUCAAAAAAGAUCAGUACAAAAAUCUUUUUGCAGGUCCUGCUGUGAAAUGUGCUUUGAUUUUUUGUGUGUGUUAUUUAAUUUUGAUCAUAAACAUUCAUAAUCCAGUUCAAUCUUUCUAUUUUUUUCCUCCAAAUGUGAAAAGUGGUCUAAAAAUUUGACUUUUCCAUAAAUUCCUAUAUUGUCUAAAAUUUUACAGUGACAAGUAUAGUUCAUUAAUAUUAAA